AUACAAAACCUCCAAACCUUUUUCCUUCGUCCUCUUCUUCCACAAGCCUCCAUUUCUCUCUCUCUCUCUCUCUCUCUCUCUCUCUCAACGCCUUCCAUGGCUUCCACUACCGAAGCCUCACUUCUCUCCGAGCUCGAAUCCCCUUCCUGUUCCCAAGGCAUUCACUCCCUCUUCUCCGACUACCUCCACCCAUUUUCCGACCUCAAAAACCCCAAGAAAACCAAGAUAUCCGCCAAGUCCAAGACCACCGACCAAUCCUCAAUCCGAUCGCUUGCCAAGACAUUCCUUCCUUUCCUCAACCGAGCCCUAUCGAUCCUCCCCAAACGCCUCGCCGAUCCUUCUAAAUUUGGUGGUGGUGGCGCCGAUGAUAAAUUGGCACUCGAAAUGUUCGAAAUUUACAGGCUUUGUUUGGAUUGCUUGGAAUCUCUGGCUUCGCAGCUGUCUUGCAAACCGUACUCUGUACAGCUCCAGAGAGUACGGAUGGUGCAUUGCUUGGAAGCUUGGGGAAAGUUUAAGGAAGCUGAAAAUCAGGGGUUUAGGAUUUUGAAGGAGCUCAAGGCGAUCGAUUUUGGUGGUAAAGUGGUGAAAUGCCAGGGAAGAUUAUUGCCGGAUAUCGACAAAGGGGGUGGUGAUAAGGAUUUUGUGUGUUUGGUUGUGGAGAUUGUGGUGACGCUCGUGAAGUGCGUGACAAUGGGUCGAAGUAAGGAUGGUGGUGAUUAUAGGAAGGUGAUUCGUUUGGUGGAGGAGGUAAGAACAUGGUUCAGGGUAUUAGAUGCCAACGCAUAUGAAAAAUUGCAGAGGGUGCUUGUGACCUAUCUUAGUAGGUGUACUCUUUUUUUAGUUGGGGAGAUACCAAGUUUUGAUGAAGAUCUGAUACAUGCAUUAUGCUUCACAACAAUGGCUGAGUAUUCCAAGUCAUCAAUGAAAGAUCAAGUUUACAAGUUUGCUCAUAGGAUAUGUUCCUCUUUAUUCUCAUUACAAGAGAACAGAUCUUCCCUCAUCAUUGACAUGUUAAUAUGCGUGUUGGAAUCUGUUGCCCGUGAAACAAAGGUUGAAGAGGAAAAUAAUGGAAUAGAGUUUGUUGAAUUCGUUGCUUACUGUGCCAAUAAGUGUCAAACAAACACAAAUUUUUGUAGCAAUAUUGGAGCUCAUUUGAAUAAAAUAGCCAGUUAUUUCCAUCAGGUUAGGACACCUUUUCAUUUGAUUCUGAGGCUUUACGCUACUGGGUUGUUCUUCAUUAGUUUUAUUAUGAAGUCCAGAAGUGGGGAUCUUACAUGCUCCGGAGGUGUAACAAGACUUUUACAUGAUAAUGUGGAUAUUCUGCAGAACCUUUCUACUUUACUUGGUUCACUAGAAAGUUUCUUUCAUGUUGGCUGCAAGGAAACCUGUGUGUCAUCCAGGGUUGAUUCUAAGGAUUCUGUUUGUCAAGUAUGCUCAUUAUCCAUUUGUGAUCGCAAGGCCUCUAUGCAUUGGACACAGAAGAGUGGAAAGGCUCAUCUGCUGUCUUACUUAAAUGCUUACUUAAAUGCACUGAAGUUCUUAUGCUUGCCGCUUGCUGAAUUAGUAAAUUCAGAAAAGAAGACGAUACUUUCUGAACAUGAAGCCAGUUCUGUUUCUAAUGGAAUAUGUAAAAUACAGGAUGCAUUCUAUCAGUUUUCUGAUGUUUUCUUUCUCUAUAAAAGGUGUAGAUGUACCUAUGAAGGGGAGAGAUCUGGAUUUGAUGAAAACAGCAUGCACGCUGUAGCUGUGGCUGCAUUUAUUGUUUCCAUCAGAACAAAGCAUAAGAUGGAGAACAGUGUGGCUAUGUUUAAUGACAUGAUUUCCAGUGAAUGGAUUCAACCUCAUGGGUUAAAACAUCUUUCCACCUCUCUUUAUAACACUGGUGUAAUUCUGUACAGAAAUGACCAACUUAAAGAGGCUUCAAAAGCAUUAAAAUUAUGUUGUAGAGCAUCAUGGACUUGUGCUGUACGUCUUUGUGAGAUGUUUGUGCACAAGUCGAAGGGGUUGGAUGGUGAUCUGUCAGAAGAUGCUAUACUAGAUUUUGUCAAUGAAUCAUGUAGAAGAACUGCUUUCCUUUUGGAUGUUCUCCACCAAUGUGACAGUCAGAAGAUAGAAAGAACAAUAGUAGAGAGCCUUGAAAAGUGGUCUAUUGCAGCAGAUGUCUUCAGAAGACUAGCAGGUCCCAUGUCUAUGGUGAAACAGUGGGUGAAGAUUGAAUGCAAAUAUCAUAAAGAAUUAAAUGGUGAGGAUAUUGGUCCAACCUUAUACCGUGCGCUUUCUUCUUCUGAGAAAAUGUCAAAGAGGACAGUUGGGAUUAUCUUGGAACAGGAACUUGUUGCAUAUGAAGAAAUGAAUGUACUGUACCCAGAGUUGUGUGAGAAAAUGCAAAUGAAAAUUAUAGGUUUCCUCCUGCAAGAAGUGUAUGUAACACAGGAUAAUUUGUUAGAGAAAUCAAGAAUUUUAGUCAGAAAGGGAAGGAUGCUAAGGAACAAAGGGAAUGAUGGUCUGGGGGAUUGUAUUCAAUGCUUGUCAGAAGCAAUAGCUUUACUUGAGAUAUUUGGUGAAACAUAUAGCUGUGGAGUUCCACCCAGUCACGAAUUAGCUGUGGUGUAUUGCUUACGUGCACUUUGUUCUCAGGAGUUUCAACCAGACUCAAAGCAAAUCUUUGAAGAUAUCACUGCUGCCCUAAACCUAUGGUCGAGCAUUUCCACUCAAGAUCAUUUCUCUGCCAAUGACAAGUACUUUGCAAAGUCUGAAAACGUGAUGCUUCUAAUUUAUAAUAUUAUUGAUUUGUUGUCAAUGAAGGGUUUCAUGGAAUUUCACCCAGAUAUAUAUAAGCUUAUGAUUAGAUUAUUUCAAUGGAAUAAUGUUCCAUCAGAGAAGUUAUUGGCCAUACUUUGGGAAUGUAGGAGGACAGGCCAUGGCCUUUGCAUUUCACCUGUUAAUGAGGCAUUCAUCAUGAGCUUACUAGACCAUUAUGGUGAACAUUCCAGAUCCAUUGAUUAUUGGACAAGUUGUUUACAAGGAUCUCAACCAUUGCUGAUUGGACUGCAACACAACUUCUCAUUUCUAUUUGGAAACUUUGCUUGGGGUUCAAACGAUCAUGAAAGCUCUUUUCGACCAGAUAUCACAGUUGAUGAAGUUGAAGAGUCUGCUUUUCAACUUAUUUCAAGUGCUUCUGUGUCCAGCCGUUCUAGUUUCAUUGCUGCAUACCUUUUUUAUGAUUUGAGCGAAAGACUUAUUUCAAAUGGACAGUUAAUAAAGGCCCUUUUUUAUGCAAAAGAAGCUCAUCGGUUACGUAGUAAAUUAUUUCAAGAGAAAUUUAUGUAUUCUGUGGGACAGCAGGCUGAAAAGUGCCACGAAACUGGGGAUAUCGUUCAAAAGUUUACCACCCUUCAGAAUUUGAAAGUGCGCAGAUCUGUAGCUAGUGAAUUUUGGUCCUUUGAUACAAUUUCAUGGAACUUGGAAAAUUGUUAUCUUAGCCCUUGGAAUGUACUUCAAUGUUACCUUGAAAGCACUCUUCAGGUUGGCAUUGUCCAUGAACUAGUAGGAAAUGGAACAGAGGCUGAAACUUUUUUUACAUGGGGAAAAAACAUUUCCUGCUCACAAAGCUUGCCACUAUUUUUGCUUGCUUUCUCUUGUGUUUUGGGAAAGUUGUAUUGUAAGAAGCAGCAUUGGGAUUUGGCAGAAAGAGAACUUCAGAAAGCCAAGCAGUAUUUGGUGACAUACGGCACAAAUAUUUCUUGCUUAAAGUGCAGAACGAUGAUGGAAGUAACCGUUGAUCAGCAUCUUGGUGAUUUAUCCCUAAGCAUUAUUGAUACUGCUAGUGGAAAAAUAUCUCCAGAGAGAUUGUAUCAUGCUGAAGAUCUGUAUAAAUCAGCUCUUGACAAGCUGAAUCUUUCUCAUUGGAAAAAUUCUGUUAGCUGUCCUAAAGAAUCCACUGCUGAAAGCAUGGUGCUUGGUAAUACUACUGUCAAAGAUUUUCGAAAUGGUGUUUGCCAUAUGUUUUCUCUAUGCAAAGAUCAAGUGGAUAUAAAUAAACCAUCUAGGGAGGGGUCAAAGUGCAUGGAGUCUAAAAAGGGUAGAAAGCCUAGGAAUGCCCCAAAACCUUUAUCAAAGGAUCAAGGUCCAAUACUUGAGAAAAAUGUGAGGUCAACCCGUUCCAUGUAUCGAUCUUCUAAGAACCAAAAUAUUACCAGUUCUGAUGAAAUACAAUUUGGCCAUACAAAACAUUUGAAAGGCAAUAAUGACUGUGAUUAUUCUACUACUUUUAGCCCGGAGGAUGUGCUAAUGAAAAUGAGAAGCUGUAAGCUUGUUGCUGGGUGUGAAGAAAUGUGUGUUUGCCACAAGAAUAGGUGUUGGCUCUGCCUUCCUAUGGAAGUUAUGAGAAGUGGGUUAAUAAAAGAUUUUAUAAACAUGAAGUGGGAAUUUGUCCGCAGGCGGAUUUCGAUAAGGCUGCUUACAAGUUUAGGACAUUGCCUGGAGAAUCAUGGUCAAAUUCAUGAAGCACAUGAAAUUAUCUUGCAAAGCAUAUCGAUCCUAGUUAGCCGGAACCCAUUUUGUCUUACCAGCUCAUCCAUUCCAGUCACCUUCUUACUUGAUAUAAUUGGGAAGGAGAUCUCAGGAGAUGUAUUCAGUAUUGAGCAUGCAGAACUACUAUAUAAUAUAAGUUGGCUUUCUUUGAGAGCUUUCAGUUCCAAGGACACUAGGAUUGUUUGCUGUGAUCUGUCUUGUAUUGAGCUACCAAACAUAGUAGGUUGGUUGAUGCUAGCUUUUGUGCUUGGCCGAGAGGUUCCUGUGCUUUCUCAGAAGGUUUCUAGAUUGCUUGCUGUUAUGUUUUUACUUUCUUCCUCAAGUGAUCUUUCUCCUUUACCAUCUUCAUGCAAAGCACUCUCCAAAAAUCACUGGGCUUCAUAUUUUCACCAAGCUUCAGUCGAAGCUCAUCAUAAUUAUCAAUUCUUCACCAGUAACUCUGGGACAGCCAAAGUCCAGCAUCUUGUAGACUCUGAGGGUUCAUGUGUUACUGGCUCAACUUGUGUGGGAGCUGAAACGAAGAACUUAUCAAGGGUUGCACCCGAGUCUCUUCAAGAUCUUGAAGAAUUUGUAGAGAAAUUUUUUUCUAACCUUCCUUGUACAACUGUUAUUUGCAUAAGUUUUCUUGGAGGUCCUUAUGCUAUUCUGUUACAAGAGUUGCUGCUUUAUCCAUCAUGUGUUCACGCAUGGAUUCUAGUGACACGCAUGUACUCUAAGGGUCAACCUAUUGUCUUGCUUCUGCCAAUGGAUUCCAUAAUAGAAGAAAUUUCCGAUGAUGCUGCAAAUUCUGGCUGUAGUGGCUUCCCUCAUAUCAAAGAUUUGGGUGGUCAAUGGCAAUGUCCCUGGGGUUCCACUGUGGUGGAUGAUAUGGCUCCAGAAUUUAAACUCAUAUUAGAGGAAAAUUACUUGUCAUCUUCAAUGUUUCCUUUUCAAGAUACAAAAGAGAAUAGGACAAUUUGGUGGAAGCGAAGAAAGAAGCUCGAUCACCGCCUAGGAAAAUUGCUGAGGAAUAUGGAAGAGUCAUGGUUGGGUCCCUGGAAAUAUGUGCUUCUAGGAGAAUGCUCAAAUUGCAAGGGCCUAGACUCCAUACAUAAGAAGCUGAUGUGUGAUCUGAAAUCUAAAUGCAAAAUGGAUGUAAAUGAGAACCUUCUUAAAGUCAUUCUUGGGGUUUCCAAGUCUGCUUUUGAAGAAUGUGGAUAUGUUUUACAGCUAUGUUUAAGGAACGGUUGCUACAUUGGUCGGGGUGAAUUUUGUGGCAAAGAUAAGUGCUGGCCAUCAUCUAAUGAAGCUGAGAAACUGUCUGGGAUGGCCUUCCAACUUAUAUGUAAAGCAUUGGAAGAACUUGAAGGGCUAGAUUGUGUCGCUCGAGAACCAGUAGUUUUAGUAUUGGACUUUGACAUUCAGAUGCUUCCAUGGGAGAAUAUACCAAUAUUGAGAAACCAGGAGGUUUAUCGCAUGCCUUCAGUUGGAAGCAUUUCCACCACACUUGAUAGAAGCCAUCACCAUCAAGAACAAGUUGGAAUGGCUGGUGCUGCCUUUCCUUACAUAGAUCCCUUGGAUGCAUUUUAUUUAUUGAAUCCCAGUGGUGACCUCAGCAGCACACAAAUUGAAUUGGAGAACUGGUUUAGAUGUCAAAACUUGGAGGGGAAGGCUGGAUAUGCACCUGCAGCAGAAGAGUUGGCUGCAGCCUUGAAAAGUCAUGACCUCUUUAUAUAUUUUGGACAUGGAAGUGGGACACAGUACAUUCCAAGGCAUGAGAUUCAGAAACUGAGAAACUGUGCUGCAACUCUCCUGAUGGGAUGCAGUAGCGGAUCUUUGACCUUAAACGGAUGUUAUGUUCCACAAGGUACUCCACUAUCAUAUCUGCUGGCAGGUUCUCCUGCAAUCAUUGCCAAUCUGUGGGAAGUGACUGACAAGGAUAUUGAUCGAUUUGGGAAAGCCAUGCUUGAUUCUUGGUUAAAAGAAAGAUUGAGUCCCUGUACUAGUUGUGUACAAAGCAAUUUAUUAGAAGAAUUUGAUUCCAUGUCUAUAAAGGCCUCUAAAGGCAAUGCUAAGAAGAAAAACUCAAGGAAGAAAUUGCCUGAAGUUUGUGAAAGGGGUUCAAAUAGGAAUUAUUGUGAACAUAGGCCAAAGAUUGGAUCAUUUAUGGGUCAAGCUCGUGAAGCUUGCACAUUACCCUUCUUGAUUGGUGCAUCACCAGUAUGUUAUGGUGUUCCAACAGGUAUAAGGAGAAAGAAGAAUUUGUAGCAUCAUGUGAAAAUGGCUUGUUUUCGUGCUUAGUUUAGAAUGGAUUUGAAAAUUUUUGGGACCUCACUCAUUCCGGCAAUCAAAUAUGAGAUUACAUAUUGAAAGUGCCAUCAUCGAUCAUUGGCUCUGCUAACAAUUAGAAGCCAGUAAGUACUGUCUAACACAACAGUUUUUGUUUGUAAUAUUUUACAUUUUCUUUAACUCCCAAAUGUAAAUACAUUCAAACAAUUAGUUCCUUCUGAAAAAAGCCAUUCCCUGUAAUUUCCAAUUUUGCUAUUCUAUACCAUGUAAUACACUCUUUUCCACUUAUUAUGUCAGAAUAUGCACUGAGGAAUGUACAUAUUUUUAAUUAUUAGUAUUGAAAUACAAAUAUCCAGCUUAAA